AUGGGGCUGCCACUAGCCCGCCUGGUGGCCCUCUGCCUGACUCUGACCUGGGCCGGGGGCUCAGAGCUCCAGAGAGAAGGCAGGACCCGGAACCACGGCCACAGCGUCUGCAGCACGUGGGGCGACUCCCACUACAAGACCUUCGACGGAGACGUCUUCCGCUUCCCCGGGCUGUGCGACUACAACUUCGCCUCUGACUGCCGGGAGGCCUACCAGGAGUUCGCUGUGCACCUGAGACGGGGCCCCGGCCGCAGUGGGGGCCACAGCCAGGUCGAGUACAUCCUGCUGACCGUCAAGGGUGACGCCAUCUACCUCACCAGCCAGCUCGCUGUGGUGAACGGCGCCAUGGUCAGCAGCCCGUACUACAGCCCGGGGCUGCUCAUCGAGAAGAGUGACGCUUACAUCAAGGUCUAUUCCCGCGCUGGCCUCAUGCUCAUGUGGAACCGGGAGGACUCGGUCAUGCUGGAGCUGAACAGUAAGUUCCGGAACCACACGUGUGGCCUCUGCGGUGACUACAACGGUCUGCAGACCUACUCCGAGUUCCUCUCCGAUGGCGCGCUCUUCAGUCCCAUCGAGUUUGGGAACAUGCAGAAAAUCAACAAGCCUGAGGAGGUGUGCGACGGCCCCCAGGACGUGCCGACCCCCCAGUCCUGCUCUGAGCAUCGCGCCGAGUGCGAGAGGCUGCUGACAGACACGGCCUUCGAGGACUGCCGGGCCCGGGUGCCGCUGGAGCUGCACGUGCAGGCUUGCGUGCAGGACCGCUGCCAGUGCCCGCACGGCACCUCCUGCGUCUGCAGCACCAUCGCCGAGUUCUCCCGCCAGUGUUCCCACGCUGGCGGCAGGCCGCGGAACUGGAGGAGCGCCUCGCUCUGCCCUAAGAGCUGCCCCAGGACCAUGGUUUACCUGGAGAGCGGCUCGCCCUGCAUGGACACCUGCUCACACCUGGAGGUCAGCAGCCUGUGCGAGGAGCAUCGCAUGGACGGCUGUUUCUGCCCAGAAGGCACCGUGUACGAUGACAUCAAGGGUGGCGGCUGCAUCCCUGUGAGCCAGUGUCACUGCAAGCUGCACGGACGCCUGUACGCGCCCGGCCAACAGAUCACCAACAACUGCGAGCAGUGUGUUUGCAACGCCAGCCGCUGGGUGUGCCAGGACUUGCAGUGCCCCAGGACCUGCGCCCUGGAGGGCGGCGCCCACAUCACCACCUUCGACGGGAGGAAGUACACGUUCCACGGGGACUGCUACUACGUGCUGACCAAGGACGCCCUCAACGACUCCUAUGCCGUCUUGGGCGAGCUGACCCCCUGCGGCUCCACCGACAAGCAGACCUGCCUGAAGACGGUGGUGCUGCUGGCUGACAACAAGAAGAACGUCGUGGCCUUCAAGUUGGACGGCAGCGUCCUGCUGAAUGAGCUGCAGGUGAACCUGCCCCACGUGACGGCGAGCUUCUCCAUCUUUCAACCGUCCUCCCAUCACCUCGUCGUGACCACCGCCUUCGGCCUCAGGCUGCAGGCCCAGCUGGUGCCAGUCAUGCAGCUCUUUCUGACGCUGGACCAUGCCGCCCAGGGGCUGGUGCAGGGCCUCUGCGGGAACUUCAAUGGCCUUGAGAGUGACGACUUCCAGACGGCCGCUGGGCUGGUGGAGGCCACGGGCGCCGGCUUCGCCAACACCUGGAAGGCCCAGCCGAGCUGCCACGACAAGCUGGACUGGCUGGAUGACCCCUGCUCCCUCAACAUCGAGAGCGCCAACUACGCUGAGCACUGGUGCGCCCUGCUGAGGAAGACCGGGACCCCGUUCAGCAAGUGCCACUCUGCCGUGGACCCAACCGAGUAUUACAAGAGGUGCAAAUACGACACGUGCAACUGCCAGAGCACAGAGGACUGCAUGUGCGCGGCCCUGUCCUCCUACGCCCGCGCCUGUGCCAUUAAGGGCGUCAUGCUGUGGGGCUGGCGGGAGCGCGUCUGCAACAAGGACGUGGACUCCUGCCCCAGGUCGCAGGUCUUCCUGUACAACCUGACCACCUGCCAGCAGACCUGCCGCUCGCUCUCCGAGUCUGACGUCCACUGUAUCAAGGGCUUCGCGCCCGUGGAUGGCUGCGGCUGCCCCGACCACACCUUCCUGGACGAGAAGGGCCGCUGCGUGCCCCUGGCCAAAUGCUCCUGCUACCACCGUGGCUUCUACCUAGAGGCGGGGGAGGUUAUCCUGAGGCAGGAGGAGAGAUGCCUUUGCCGGAACGGGAGGUUGCACUGCCUGCAGGUCAAGCUGCUCGGCCAGAGCUGUACGGCCCCGAAGAUCCACGUCGACUGCAACAACCUGACGGCGCUGGCCACCUGGAGCCCCAGGCCCGUCAGCUGCCAGACGCUGGCUGCCGGCUAUUACCAGACGGAGUGCGUCAGUGGCUGCGUGUGCCCCGAGGGGCUGAUUGACGACGGCCGGGGCGGCUGCGUGGUGGAGGAGGCGUGCCCGUGCAUGCACAACAAGGACCUGUACUUGCCCGGGGACGAGAUCAGGGUGGACUGCAACACCUGCACCUGCCAGAAAGGGCGCUGGGCAUGCACCCAGUCCCUGUGCCACGGCUCCUGUGCCAUCUACGGGAACAGCCACUAUAUCACCUUCGACGGGAAGUACUAUGACUUCGAUGGGCACUGCUCCUACGUGGCCGUUCAGGACUACUGUGGCCAGAAUUCCUCGCUGGGCUCCUUCAGCAUCAUCACCGAGAAGGUCCCCUGCGGCACCACGGGCGUCACCUGCUCCAAGGCCAUCAAGAUCUUCCUGGGGAGGACGGAGCUAAAGCUGGAGGACGAAGGCCACGUGGUGAUACAGCGCGACGUGGGCCACCGCGUGGCCUACACCACGCGGGAAGUGGGCCAGUACCUGGUGGUGGAGGCCAGCAUCGGCAUCAUCGUCAUCUGGGACAAGAAGACCAGCGUCUUCAUCAAGCUCGCCCCCUCCUACAAGGGCACCGUGUGCGGCCUGUGCGGAAACUUUGACCAGCGAUCUAGCAACGACUUCACCACGCGGGACCACAUGGUGGUGGACAGCGCGCUGGACUUCGGGAACAGCUGGAAGGAGGCCCCCACCUGCCCGGACGUGAACACCCCCCCCGAGCCGUGCACCGCGAGUCCGCACCGCCACUCCUGGGCCAAGAAGCAGUGCAGCAUCAUCAAGAGACCAGUCUUCGCGGUCUGCCACAGCAAGGUGGACCCCACGCCCUUCUACGAGGCCUGCGUCCACGACUCGUGUUCCUGCGACACGAGCGGGGAGUGCGGAUGCUUCUGCCUCGCUGUGGCCUCCUACGCCCAGGAGUGCACCAAGGUGGGGGCCUGCGUGUCCUGGAGGAAGCCCGACCUGUGCCCCAUAUUCUGUGACUACUACAACCCCCCGAAAGUGUGUUCGUGGCACUACGAACCCUGCGGGAACCACAGCUUCAAGACGUGCAGGACGAUCAACGGCGUCCACUCCAACAUCUCUGUGUCCUACCUGGAGGGCUGCUACCCCCGGUGCCCUAAGGAAAGUCCCAUCUACGCCGAGGACCUGAAGAAGUGUGUCACACGGGACCAAUGUGGUUGCUACAUCAACGACACUCACUACCCACCUGGAGAGUCUGUGCCCACGGAGCAGAUCUGCCAGUCUUGUGUGUGUGACAAUUCCUCGCAAGUUGUCUGCCAGCCAGAAGAAGGGAGGAUUGUCACCUACACCCAGGACAGCCCCUUCUGCUACUGGGAGAUCUGUGGCCCCGACGGGACGGUGCAGAAGCACUUCGGCAUCUGCGUGCACACCUCACCACCCGCGUCCCCCUCCACACCCGCCACCACCACCUCUGUCACCCCCGUCAGCCCCUCCACCACCACGAGGACCACUGCGACCACCAGUACAGCACUGGGUUCUGCUCGCCUAGGGCUAUGCUGCUUCUGGUCCGACUGGAUCAACGAUGACCACCCCAGAAUCGGCAGCGAAGGUGGAGACCGAGAGACAUUCAGCCGUGUCUGCAGGGCCCCCAGGGAUAUCGAGUGCAGGGCGGCCAUAGAGCCCCACCUCGGCUGGGAGCAGCUGGGCCAGGAGGCUCAGUGCAAUGUCUCCUUCGGGUUCAUCUGCAAGAACGAAGACCAGUUUGGAAAAGGACCUUUUGAAGUCUGCUUUGACUACGAGAUACGAGUCUAUUGUUGCCUGAUGAUGCAUGAGUGUCCCACGACCCCGACCACGAUCCCCCCCACCACCCCGUCAACCACGACCCCCCCCAUCCCCACCCCCACACCCCCCACGCCCCACCCACCGACCCCCACCACAGCACCCACCACCACUUCAACUGGGACUCCAACACCGACCCCCACCACAGCACCCACCACCACUUCAACUGGGACUCCAACACCGACCCCCACCACAGCACCCACCACCACUUCAACUGGGACUCCAACUCUGACCCCCAGCACCACCUCAACAGAGACUCCAAUUCCAACCACUACAGAGACCCCAACCCCAACAGCCAUCACCACUUCAACUGGGACUCCAACACCGACCCCCACCACAGCACCCACCACCACUUCAACUGGGACUCCAACACCGACCCCCACCACAGCACCCACCACCACUUCAACUGGGACUCCAACACCGACCCCCACCACAGCACCCACCACCACUUCAACUGGGACUCCAACACCGACCCCCACCACAGCACCCACCACCACUUCAACUGGGACUCCAACUCUGACCCCCAGCACCACCUCAACAGAGACUCCAAUUCCAACCACUACAGAGACCCCAACCCCAACAGCCAUCACCACUUCAACUGGGACUCCAACACCGACCCCCACCACAGCACCCACCACCACUUCAACUGGGACUCCAACUUUGAUCCCCAGCACCACCUCAACAGCGACUCCAGUUCCAACCACUACAGAGACCCCAACCCCAACAGCCAUCACCACUUCAACUGGGACUCCAACACCGACCCCCACCACAGCACCCACCACCACUUCAACUGGGACUCCAACUCUGACCCCCAGCACCACCUCAACAGAGACUCCAAUUCCAACCACUACAGAGACCCCAACCCCAACAGCCAUCACCACUUCAACUGGGACUCCAACACCGACCCCCACCACAGCACCCACCACCACUUCAACUGGGACUCCAACUCUGACCCCCAGCACCACCUCAACAGAGACUCCAAUUCCAACCACUACAGAGACCCCAACCCCAACAGCCAUCACCACUUCAACUGGGACUCCAACACCGACCCCCACCACAACACCCACCACCACUUCAACUGGGACUCCAACAUUGACCCCCAGCACCACCUCAACAGAGACUCCAAUUCCAACCACUACAGAGACCCCAACCCCAACAGCCACCACCACUUCUAAUGGGACUCCAACUCCGACCCCCACUACAACUACAACAGAGACUCCAACUCCGACCACUACAGAGACCCCAACCCCAACAGCCACCAUGACUUCAACUGGCACUCCAACUCCGACCCCCAGGACAACAGCCACCACCACUUCAACUGGGACUCCAACUUUGACCCCCAGCACCACCUCCACAGAGACUCCAAUUCCAACCACUACAGAGACCCCAACCCCAACAGCCACCACCACUUUAACGGGGACUCCAACUCCGACCACCAGCACAACACCCACCACCACUUCAACAGGGACUCCAACUUUGACCCCCAGCACCACCUCAACAGAGACUCCAAUUUCAACCACUACAGAGACCCCAACCCCAACAGCCACCACCACUUCAACGGGGACUCCAACUCCGACCCCCAGCACAACACCCACCACCACUUCAACUGGGACUCCAACUUUGACCCACAGCACAACAUCCACCACCACUUCAACUGGGACUCCAACUUUGACACCCAGCACCACCUCAACAGAAACUCCAAUUCCAACCACUACAGAGACCCCAACCACAACACCCACCACCACUUCAACCCCAACUGUCACCACCACUUCAACGGGGACUCCAACUCCGACCCCCACCAUAACACCCACCACCACUUCAACUGGGACUCCAACUCUGACCCCCGGCACAACAGCCACCACCACUCCAACGGGGACUCCAACUCUGACCCCCAGCACAAAACACACCACCAUUUCAACGGGGACUCCAACUCCGACCCCCACCAUAACACCCACCACCACUUCAACCCUUUGGGUGUGUGUGACAAUUCCUCGCAAGUUGUCUGCCAGCCAGAAGAAGACACCCACCACCACUUCAACUGGGACUCCAACUCUGACCCCCGGCACAACAGCCACCACCACCUCAACGGGAACUCCAACUCUGACCCCCAGCACCACCUCAACAGAGACUCCAGUUCCAACCACUACAGAGACCCCAACCCCAACAGCCACCACCACUUCAAUUGGGACUCCAACUUUGACCCCCAGCACCACCUCAACAGAGACUCCAAUUCCAACCACUACAGAGACCCCAACCCCAACUGUCACCACCACUUCAACGGGGACUCCAACUCCAACCCCCACCAUAACACCCACCACCACUUCAACUGGGACUCCAACUCUGACCCCCGGCACAACAGCCACCACCACCUCAACGGGAACUCCAACUCUGACCCCCAGCACCACCUCAACAGAGACUCCAGUUCCAACCACUACAGAGACCCCGCUUUUCAGUGUGUGUAACAAUUCCUCGCAAGUUGUCUGCCAGCCAGAAGAAGGGAGGAUUGUCACCUACACCCAGGACAGCCCCUUCUGCUACUGGGAGAUCUGUGGCCCCGACGGGACGGUGCAGAAGCACUUCGGCAUCUGCGUGCACACCUCACCACCCGCGUCCCCCUCCACACCCGCCACCACCACCUCUGUCACCCCCGUCAGCCCCUCCACCACCACGAGGACCACUGCGACCACCAGUACAGGGCUAUGCUGCUUCUGGUCCGACUGGAUCAACGAUGACCACCCCAGAAUCGGCAGCGAAGGUGGAGACCGAGAGACAUUCAGCCGUGUCUGCAGGGCCCCCAGGGAUAUCGAGUGCAGGGCGGCCAUAGAGCCCCACCUCGGCUGGGAGCAGCUGGGCCAGGAGGCUCAGUGCAAUGUCUCCUUCGGGUUCAUCUGCAAGAACGAAGACCACACAACACCCACCACCACUUCAACGGGGACUCCAAUUCCAACCCCCACCACAACUACGACAGAGACUCCAAUUCCGACCACUACAGAGACCCCAACCCCAACACCCACUACCACUUCAAUUGGGACUCCAACUCCGACCCCCAGCACAACACCCACCACCACUUCAACUGGGACUCCAACUCCAACCCCCACCACCACAGAGACAAUCCCCACCACUACCACAACCACAGAGACCCCAACACCGAUAAACACCAGCACAGUGACCCCAACACCACCACUGACCACCACCUCCACAGCGACUCCAACUCCAACCCUCACCCUUAGCACCACCUCCACAGAAACUCCAACACCUAUAUCCACCAUAACAGAGACCCCAACUGCAGCCUCCACCACCACAGGAACCACCUCCCCGUCUACUACCACAACCACAGAGACUCCAACCCCACCUCUGAACAUUAGCACUACCAGCAGCACAUCAAAAUCUCUUCCUACGUCCUCCCCUCCAACCUCCCAGUCCACCUAUCCCUCUUCCACGGAAUCUACCACGCUUGUGACCACCACCGCAACAACUGUGGAGACAUACAGCACACCACAGACCCCAGUGUCGACAGAAACUGCCAUCACUACAACAGGAGGAACCACGCCCUCUCCGCCUCCUUCAUCCACCACAGGCCCCCCUUCCACGCCUACACCCACUCCCACGACUGUGUCAGCGACUUCCACGGGAACUUCCACACCAAUAGGACACUCGUCGACCAUGCCACCCACGCCACAGACCACCAGCACCUCGACCUCCAGUGUGACCACCCCCACGGUGACCCUAUUAACCUCACCCAACAUCACCACCACGAGCAUCCUCCCAGUCCCCACCGCCACCCAGCGGAUAUGCUGCUAUUUCAAUGACACGUACUAUGCCCCAGGUGAGCUGGUGUACAACACCACGCAUGGAGACACCUGCUAUUACGUGAACUGCUCGCUGCAGUGCACCCUCGAGAUCUUCAACUGGUCCUGCCCAUCCAUCCCCUCCCCAACUCCCAGCCCAUCCACACUCACCCCCUGGCCAUCCAUGACAUCCAGUGCGCCGCCCACCACCAAGCCCCCUGCGUGCCUGGACUUCGAUCCUCCCAGACAGGAGAACGAGACCUGGUGGCUGUGUAACUGCACCAUGGCCACCUGCAAGUACAACAACACCGUGGAACUCACGGAGGUGAAGUGCGACCCCCCACCCAUGCCCACCUGCUCCAACGGCCUCAUGCCUGUGCGCGUCGAGGACCCCAACAAGUGCUGCUGGUACUGGGAGUGUGACUGCUACUGCACGGGCUGGGGCGACUGGCACUACGUCACCUUCGAUGGGCUCUACUACGGCUACCAGGGCAACUGCACGUACGUGCUGGUGGAGGAGAUCACCCCCACCACGGACAGCUUCGGAGUCUACGUCGACAACCGGCACUGUGACGUCAGCAGCCAGGUGUCCUGCCCCCGCGCGCUCCUUGUGCGCCACGAGACCCAGGAGGUGCUGAUCCAGGCCGUGCACGCGAUGCCCACGCGGGUGCAGGUGCAGGUCAAUAGGCAGGCCGUGGCGCUGCCCUAUAAGAAGUACGGGCUGCAGGUGUACCGGUCAGGCUUCAACUACGUGGUGGACAUCCCCGAGCUGGGUGCCCUCAUCUCCUACGACACCCUUUCCUUCUCCAUCCGGCUGCCCUACCGCCGCUUUGGCAACAACACGAAGGGCCGGUGUGGCACGUGCACCAACGACACCUUGGACGACUGCACGCUGCCCAGCGGGGAGGUCGUCGCCAACUGCGAGGUCGCGGCUGACCACUGGGUGGUGAACGAGUCCUCGGACCCGCGCUGUCCCCGCAGGGGCUUCACCUCCGAGCGCCCGGCCACCUGGCCCUGGGUGGGCAGCAGCCCAGCCCCCGCGACGGGCUCUCCGUCUCCACUCUGCGAGCUCAUCAAGGACAGCUUGUUCGCCAGGUGCCACACCGUGGCGUCCCCGAAGCACUACUACGAAGCCUGCAUGUUCGACAGCUUCACCAUGCCCGACUCAAGCCUGGAGUGUGCCAGCCUGCAGACCUACGCAGCCCUCUGUGCCCAGGAGGGCAUCUGCGUUGACUGGCGGAGCCACACCGGCGGGGCCUGCCUGGUGACGUGCCCGGCGCACCGAGAGUACCGGGCCUGUGGUCCCGCGGAGGAGCCCACCUGCAAGUCCAGCCCCACCCAGGCAAACAGCCCACGCCUGGUGGAAGGCUGCUUCUGUCCCGAGGGCACCACCAACUACGCGCCCGGCUUCGACGUCUGCGUGGACGUGUGCGGCUGCGUGGGGCCCGACAACGUGCCCAGAGAGUUUGGGGAGCACUUCGAGUUCGACUGCAAGGACUGCAUCUGCCUGGAGGGGGGCAGCGGCAUCAUCUGCAGGUCCAAGACGUGCCAGCCGGGGCCCCUCAUGGAGUGCAAGGAGAACGGCACCUACGCCGUCACAGAGGUCGACCCCGCCAACGCCUGCUGCAACAUCACCUCCUGCAAGUGCGACGCCAGCCUGUGCACGGGGAAGCCCCCGCUGUGCCCGCUGGGCUUCGAGGUGAAAAGCGAGAUGGUCCUUGGGAGCUGCUGCCCCUUCUACUCGUGUGUGCCCAAGGGAGUGUGUGUUCUCGGGAACGCUGAGUACCAGCCCGGUUCUCCAGUCUUCUCCUCCAAGUGCCAGGACUGCGUGUGCACCGAACGCAGGGACAACGCCACGCAGCUCAACAGCAUCUCCUGCACCCACGUGCCUUGCAACACCUCCUGCAGCCGCGGCUUUGAGCUGGUGGACGCCCCCGGCGAGUGUUGCAAGAAGUGCCAGCAGACCCAGUGCGUCAUCGUCCUCGACCAGCCCGGCAGCCAGAGCCUGGUCCUGAAGCCCGGGGACAUGAAGAGCGACCCCCUGAACAACUGUACCUUCUUCAGCUGCGUGAAGAUACAUGGCCAGUUCAUCUCAUCCGUCUCCAACAUCACCUGCCCCGACUUUGACCCCAGCACCUGCAUCCCGGGCUCCACCACACUCAUGCCCAAUGGCUGCUGCAGGAAAUGCCUCCUUCGCAAUAAGUACAGGGUCCUCUGCUCUACCGUCCCUGUCGUCAGGGAAAUUUCGCACAACGGCUGCACCAAGCUGGUCACCAUGAACGAUUGCUCCGGGUCCUGCGGGACCUCCGCCAUGUACUCGGCCGAGGUCCAGUCCCUGGACCACACGUGCUCUUGCUGCAAGGAACAGCGCACCAGCCAGCGGGAGGUGAUGCUGCAGUGCCCGGGCGGGGCCUUGCUCCGCCACACCUACACCCACAUCGACAGCUGUCUGUGCCAGGACACCGUGUGCGAGCUGCCCCCCCAGCGCAGGGCCCGGCGCUCUGGCCCCAGGGACCUGGGCCCGGGGCGGGGGAAGCCCUCUGAGCCCGAAUUUGUGGAAAAGGACUCAGUCCCUUUCGCGGCCAUUACGCUGCACGUGCACCUGUUUGUGUGCAUAGGAAGCCGCGGGCGCCUCCCGCCCACCCCGCACGUCGAGCGAUUGCGGACGAAUGAGUGCGUGAGCGGAGGAACCAUCCGCACGCCAGCCUCCGCGCGCGACCCCAGGCCCACGAAGACCCAGGCGCGGGGCGGGGCUGGGGGAGAUGCGGGCUCUGAGGGCUCUGCUGUCCGCCGGGACACCUGUACGGUGGGGGGCAACCCGGCCCUCUGCUCUGAGAGCAACCUCCUGGGCCCUGCCCUUCUCUCUGCGCUCCCAGCCCAGCCCCUCUCCCACUUCAGCCUUCCGAUCCUGCGGAGCCCCCCAGGCCCUGGGGCUGCUCCACAGGCUCUCAGGCACAGCUGUGCCAGGGCAGAGGCGGCAGAUGUUCCCAACCAGCUGGGGGGCCCGGGGGACACCUUCUGUAAAUGGGAACUUGGCAGAACAGGAGACAAGGACCAGGUCAGCCAGGUGGGCGGCCCUGCCCCCGGGACCUGGAAGCUGGGCUACAAGGUCUCCGCCACCGCCUUGGGUGCCCAGGUGUCCCCCGCCAUUCCCUCGAGCUCCCUGGUGCUGGGCCUGCCCCAGGGCGGGGCCCACGAGUUCCCACCCGGCCUCAUGGUACUGCGGCUCCGCUACGCUUGA